UACUUCUUGCAAAUAGUAUGUGACAAGACAACCAAACACAAGGUCAUCAUUUACCAUCAGUGGAACGUGUAUUCAUUCGAAAAAUCCUGAUAAGCAGAUGUGUGAAUGUGCGUGGUGUAUAAAAUAGUGCAUCGUAGAUCCAUGUUUCUAUUCCACACCAAAGCUUCAGAGAUAAUCCAUGAGAGACCUCAUCCCUCCUCUCUGACAUCCACAGAUCACCAGUGAUCACAUUUUACCCUCACUCUCCAUAAAGACAGCAUACAUUCAUACCUCUAUCCAUACAUACAUGCGAUAGUACAUUUUAUAAAUACUUAAUAACAAAAGUGGAUAGCAUGAGUCUGAAACAAGCCUGCAUCUUUCUAAAAGGAGGGAAACGGAGGCAAAGAGCUCUUACUCACGAUGAGGUCGAAGAGUUGCGUGUGGCUUUUGUGGAGUUUGACAAAGACAAAGAUGGCUUCAUCUCUUGUAAAGAUUUGGGCAACCUGAUGAGGACAAUGGGUUACAUGCCAACUGAAAUGGAGCUGAUAGAACUUAGCCAAAACAUCAACAUGAACUUGGGAGGACGUGUGGAUUUUGAGGACUUUGUGCAAUUGAUGACUCCUAAGCUCCUGGCUGAAACUGCAGGCAUGAUUGGGCUAAAAGAACUUAAAGAAGCUUUCAGAGAGUUUGAUAUCGACGGUGAUGGUUCUAUCACAUCCGAUGAGAUGAAGCACGCCAUCGUCAAAUUAUUAGGAGGACAAGCCAGUAAAAAAGAAAUUGAAGCACUUUUACUGGAAGCUGACAAAAAUGGAGAUGGGACUGUUGAUUUUGAGGAAUUUGUGAAAAUGAUGUCCAAGAAGUAAAGACAACAGAGGAUGAUGCAUUUGGAGUCUCUUUAUGCGGAAGACAGCCUGUGUUACCUCAUGAGUUAUGAAAAUUUUAUUGGUAACAAUUUAACUUUGAAAACAAAAUGUACAGCACGUACUUGUAAAUGGCCUAAUAUUGUGUACAGAUUUUUGUUUGGUGUCACCCAGCCUUUCCUGAAUUGUAUUUUAUUGUAUUUUAAUAUCUUUAGAGAUGUGCCGAUCCGAUCAUGUGAACGGAAAUCUGAUCUGAUCUUUUUUUAGAGGAUCGGAAUCUGAUGAAAAAGAUCGGGUUUUUAAACAAAAAAAAAUACAUUUUUGUUUUUCUGCUUCAUGCUCGUACAGCCUCUCCCCCUCCCUCCUUUUCCUUCCACAAUCAGUCGAUAAGACACUGGGCUAGAGGCCAAUCCGUAGAGGGCCUAUUUUCAAAAACUUAAAAUUCAAAUAUUUUCAAAGCCGCUAGCGACCUAAAACCAAAACAGCCACCUCCCUUACAUACAUGCAUACAUGAGUCUCCAUGAGCAGCGACAUAAAAACAUUCAAAGUCGUUCCCUAAUAAAAUCCUGAUUUUUUUUUUAUUACAAGUAUAACAAAACUUAAAAUGGUUAUAGAGUUCUCAAAUUUUACGCUAGAUGCACAAAAAUCACCAAAUGCACAGAUAAUCACCCAUAUUUUCAGGAUCACUGGCAAUGUUUGACAUAUCAGUAGUUAGUAUCAGUUAGUUUUCAACAGCUAAUAAUUUUCACAUCAGAAACUUAAUACUUGAGGAAAGCAUGCAGAAUCCUUAGUUUUACUCAGCAAAAGCAAAAUAUGCAUUUUUCGAUAUACAGUG